ACGCCGGCGUGGCGGCCAGGCUGCGGCGCGCUGGCGCCGUGGUGCUCGGCAAGGCCAGCCUCUCCGAGUGGGCCAAUUUCCGCAAUGUCAAGAACGGGUGGAGCGCGCGCGGCGGCCAGACGCGCAACCCAUACGUGUUGUCGUCCGACCCCUGCGGGUCGAGCUCCGGGUCGGGCGUGGCCGCGGCGGCGAACAUGGCGGCCCUGACACUGGGCACCGAGACCGAUGGCUCCAUACUCUGCCCGUCGUCGUUCAACUCCGUGGUGGGCAUCAAGCCCACCGUCGGGCUCACCAGCCGCGCCGGCGUCGUCCCCAUCACCCCUAGACAAGACACCGUCGGGCCGAUGUGUCGGACAGUGUCGGAUGCAGUCCACGUACUGGACGCCAUCGUUGGCUACGACAAGCUCGAUGUCGUGGCCACUCGAGCAGCAUCCAAGUACAUCCCUCACGGCGGAUAUCUGCAGUUCCUGAAGAAGGAUGGGCUGAGAGGGAAGAGGACCGGUGUCCCCAAUGAAUUGUUUUUGUUUCAAGGAUUUGGAGAGAAGCAGAUUAGGGUGUACAAACAGCACCUCGCCACAAUGAGGAAACAAGGAGCCAUGGUGAUCGAGAACCUUGACAUCACCAUCGACAGUCAAGAUAUCGUUUCCAAUGAGUGGACUGCCAUGCUGACGGAGUUCAAGUUGAGCAUAAACGAGUACUUGGUGGACUUGUCCUACUCUCCGGUCCAUUCUCUUGCGGACAUCAUAGCUUUCAACAAAGCGCAUCCUAUAGAGGAGAGGCUAAAAGAUUUCGGGCAACAAAACCUUAUCUUAGCCCAAAAUACAAAUGGCAUUGGCCGUCUAGAAAGAGCUCGGAUCCGCUGGCUGAAGGAGCUCUCCGCAAAUGGGCUGGAGAAGCUGAUGAAGGAGCAUCAACUGGACGCGAUCGUUGCACCCGAGCACUAUGCUUCCAACCAUCUCGCCAUUGGCGGCCAACCCGGCAUCAUUGUGCCGGCUGGGUACAACGAGAAGGGUGUCCCUUUUGGCAUAUGCUUUGGUGGGCUGCAGGGAUACGAGCCGAGGUUGAUCGAGAUGGCCUAUGCUUUCGAGCAGGCUACUAAAGUGAGAAGGCCACCCAUGUUCAAGCCUUAACUAGGACGCGUGACUUUCUUGAGUAGCGAUAAUGUGGUGCAGUAUGGCCCAAAAAGUCUCCACUUGCACUGUUCUCUCUUGGUGUAAAAGAAUAAAUCUGAAAUGUUACUUCUUGGGCCAACAAGGAUUGUAUGCAAGUGCUACUCCGAAUAAAUCGACAAUGUUGUUCUAAAGGUGGAGAAUUUCUUUUGUAUGUAUUU